CGCAAAUUGUUCAAAAGGAGCAGCUGCGUGCUGAUUAAGCACAAAAAAACUCAUUCCAUUUGCUUUGAUCGGAUUCAAAACUCUGCAUUCCUACUCUGAAACCCAGAAUCAGACCAAGUUCUCGAAACGAUAAUGGGAUUUAAGUUCCAUAGACUGAAUCCCAUCUACAAAUCCUACCUCUCAAGACUCUCCUCUCAGCAUCACAGAAAUUCCCAACCAGUCUAUAUCCUUCAAAACCCCAAUUUCAGUAUCCCUAAUCGGUGGCAUGGCGGCCAUUCCCAUGACCAUCACCACCACCGACUGCAACCCGACAGUAAGGAAGGCGAGAAAAUUUUCCGCCUUGGCCUUGCCGCCGACAUCGGAUUGGCUUCCGGAAAAGCCUUGACCGGUUAUUUGUCAGGGAGCACUGCGAUCAUUGCCGACGCUGCGCAUUCUGUCUCUGAUGUGGUUCUAAGUAGCAUUGCUUUGUUGUCAUUCAAAGCCAGCAAGGUCCCUAAAGACAAAGAACACCCAUAUGGGCAUGGUAAAUUUGAGACUUUAGGAGCCCUUGGGAUCUCUUGUAUGCUUUUGGCAACUAGUGGCGGUAUUGCUUGGCACACGUUUGAGAUUUUGCUUGGAUUGUUGUCGACAACUCCUGAUGUAGCUAACCAGACAUUGAUUCAAGUGCAUGAGCACAGCCAUCGUAAUGGUGCACAUCAUCAUGGAAUUGAUAUGGAUCAUCCCAUCCUAGCUUUGAAUAUGACUCUUGCAUCAAUAGCUGUAAAAGAAGGGCUUUACUGGAUAACAAAACGGGCAGGGGAAAGGCAAGGUAGUGGACUGAUGAAAGCAAAUGCAUGGCAUCAUCGUGCAGAUGCCGUUUCGUCUGUUGUUGCUCUUAUUGGGGUUGGCGGUUCUAUCCUUGGAGUCAAGUUUCUAGAUCCCCUAGCUGGACUUGUUGUCUCGGGCAUGAUCCUCAAAGCUGGACUGGAAACUGGAUACCAAAGUGUCUUGGAGCUGGUGGAUGCUGCUAUCCCAGCACAGCAGUUGGAUCCUAUUAAACAAACAAUCUUACAAGUUGAAGGAGUCAAGGGAUGCCAUCGGUUGAGGGGAAGAAGGGCAGGUUCAUCUCUUUACCUUGAUGUACACAUUGUGGUUGAUCCCUUUUUGAGCGUUACCGCUGCACAUGACAUCGGUGAAAAUGUCCGACAUCAAAUUCAUAAAUCCCAUCCUGAAGUUACAGAAGUUUUCAUUCAUAUAGAUCCUGCUGUUUCAGAACUUUGUCCGAGUUUGGAGGACCGACAGGAAAAUCCAAGGGAAAUGAUCCACAAGGAUACAACUGAUUUGUCUGAGGAUAAAGAUGUUGAAGCUGUUGUUUCCAACAUAUUAUUGUCCAAGUUUCCUGAGAUAUUGGCCAUUGAACACAUUACCCGCCACUCGCUGCAGGGCAAGACUUUACUCGAAAUUGAGGUGUCCAUGCCUUCUGACUUCAUGAUUCGGGAUGCAGCCAGAAUUGCAGAAGCAGCGGAAAAGGAAAUUCUGAAGGCAGCAUCUAAUGUUGCUCAAGUUAGCAUUCAGCUUAGAUUGGGGCGUCCAGUCUCACAGUUUUAACUAUCACAACAAUUAUCAUUUGCAUGCUUUGCAAUCACUUUCUUAUGGAAAUUUAUGUAGUUUAUAGCAGAAAGAUCAAUGGCCCCGAAGAAAAGGACCAACUUUUUGUAGCUCUGAGAAAAUAAGAUGAUAAGGAGUUGGCAUUUUCAGACAUGAUUGGUGCUCUGAAGGUGCAUAUAGAGCUGAGAAAAUACCCUGAAUCUGACAAGAGUUAAAG